AUGGACAAGAACAAGCAAAUUGUCAUCGUUGGUGCUGGGGCCUUUGGCCUUUCCACGGCACUGAAGCUAGCUCAAGAGGGCUAUCGCUCAGUGACUGUCCUGGACCGAGCCAUGCCGCCUGUGCCAGACGGAUCCAGUGUCGACAUUUCCCGCAUUAUUCGUUUUGACUAUGGAGAUGUGACAUACGCUCAUAUCGCAAAAGAGGCAUACGACCUGUGGAAAGACUCCCCAGAUUACAAGGACGCAUUCCAUUCUGCGCCCUGCGUGUGGAUUUCUCACGAGGCGACUCCAGAUCAAGUGAUCCAACCUCGGGCUGCAGAAUAUAGUCUCAAAACAAAGCAAGUCCUGACCAACAUGGGCCAGGAGUGGCAUGCUCUGAGAAGCGGGGCGGAGGCCAGGAAAGCAUUCCCUACGUUGACGGGCAAUAUGGAUGCCCCUGGUUGGGACGGUUUUUACAACACCGCGGCUGGUUGGGCGGACGCAGGAGCCGCGGUGGCACAGCUUGCAGCCCGAUGUAUCUCAGCUGGAGUUUCAAUCAUUGCGGGUCCGAAUGGCCAAGUUUCUAAAUUCGAGGAACGAGAAGAUGGAACAAUCAGAGCCGUCCGAACUGUCAAUGGAAACAAGAUUGACGCGGACUUGUUUAUUGUUGCCGCCGGUGCUUGGUGUGCCAGUCUUAUUCCCGCCUGGAAUUCAAUGUUGGCCGCUGGACAGAUUGUGGGAUACUUGCGCCUGACACCAAGUGAAGUCGCCAAACUGAAAGAUCUCCCUAUCUACUUCAAUUUCUCCACUGGCUUUUUCUGUUUCCCUGCCCAUGAGGCUUCGGGAUAUCUAAAAGUUGCGUGCCAUGGCUACGGUUAUACUUCGUCGGAGACAGGUGUAUCUGCACCACCUAUCAUGGCCGUCUCGUCGCGAGCCAAUUUCAUCCCUGCCGAUGGCGUGCGCCGACUUCUUGCCGGUUUGAAAGAUAUUCUGCCCGAACUUGUUACUCGAGGAUUUGAGCGAGUGGGACUGUGCUGGUACAACGACACCCCGACCGGAGAUUUCAUCAUGGACUAUCAUCCUCAGCACAAAAAUAUGUUCAUUUGUACUGGCGGCAGCGGACACGGAUUCAAAUUCUUGCCUGUCAUUGGAAAAUACGCUGUCGGAUGCCUUGAACGAACGCUGCCCACCGAUCUUAUAGAGAAAUGGAAAUUCCCUACACAGUUCCGCAAUGAAUUCCAGGAAAAUAUAUUCACGGGAGACGGAAGUCGUGGAGGUCCGGCAAGAAGAGAGAUGACAAACCAUGAACGCAACUCGUACAGCUCCGCUGCAAGAGCAACUGUGGCAAGGCAGAGCAAGAUCUAA